AUGGCUGAAACACUUCUCUUUCCUUCUCUGUUUGCUUCAACAAGGGUGCAAGACCAACCCUGUGCACUCAACCAAACUGACAACAGAGGUCUCAAUCUGGGGCUAAGUCUGGGCUCCAUUGACUACGACCCGUGGUUCAUCAAGAAGAAGCUGAAGGUCAGCGACCUCGGCGACCUGAGCAGGCUUUUGGUGCCCAAGAGAUUAACCAAGAAACAUGUUUUGCCGUUGAUGCACAAGAGCUUGGACGAAAGUGUCCACAGUAGCAAUGGGGGAGCGGUCACCGUUUACGACAGUGAUAUGAAAACGAAGCAUGAGUUGGUCUUCAAAUACUGGCCAUCGUCAGAGAGUUACGUUCUGCAAAGAAACUGGAAGAAGGACUUUGUGAAUGCGAGGAAGUUGAAGGAAGGUGAUCUAAUUGGGCUCUAUUGGGAUGCUCGCAGUUCUGCUUUUCUAUUUUCGCUUCUUCAACGAGAAGUGGAGAUCGAUACUACUCUGGGAUAUUGGAGGAAUUAA